CAACUUGUAUCCUUCUGCCCCAGCCUACCAGAGUGCUGGGAUUACAGGUAUGCACCACCACACUCAGCUCAAACUAUCUUCUUUUUCUAACGAAGGAAUGGAACCCCAAAUAACACCAGCCACAUGCCAGAACACAGGAAGGAGAAUUCUACUCUUAUCUAAAGUGUCAUAUUCUCCUACCCUGCAAUCAUCUUAAUUGCCUUAACCUUAACCAUCACUUCCCAGCUUUGGAAUUUACUGUCUUUGCUCCUGGGCCCAGGCUCUCAGCACCAUGGGAAACCUGAGCCAGUCCAGCAUCUCCGAGUUCCUCCUCCUGGGCCUCUCCAGGCAGCCCCAGCAGCAGCAGCUCCUUUUCCUGCUCUUCCUGACCAUGUACCUGGCCACUGUCCUGGGGAACCUGCUCAUUGUCCUGGCCAUCAGCACAGACUCUCGCCUACACACUCCCAUGUACUUCUUCCUCAGCAACCUGUCCUUCAUGGACAUCUGCUUCUCCUCCACCACUGUCCCCAAGGUGCUGGCCAAUCACAUGCUUGGCAGCCAGGCCAUCUCCUUCCCUGGCUGUCUCACACAGAUGUAUUUUCUCUUUGAGCUUACCGACAUGGAUAAUUUCCUCCUGGCUGUGAUGGCCUAUGACCGCUUUGUGGCCAUCUGCCACCCCUUACAUUAUACAACAAAGAUGACUCAUCAGCUCUGUGCUCUGCUGGUGGCUGGAUCUUGGGUUGUCGCCAACCUGAAUGCUCUGUUGCACACUCUGCUGAUGGCUCGACUCUCAUUCUGUGCAGACAAUGUGAUCCCCCACUUCUUCUGUGAUGUGACCCCUCUCCUGAGACUCUCCUGCUCAGACACACACCUCAACGAGGUGAUGAUUCUUACUGAGGGCGCCCUGAUUAUGAUCACCCCCUUUGUCUGCAUCCUGGCCUCCUACAUGCGCAUCAUCUGUGCUGUCCUGAGGGUACCGUCCAUGAGGGGACGAUGGAAAGCCUUCUCCACCUGUGGCUCCCACCUGGCUGUGGUCUCCCUCUUCUAUGGCACCAUCAUUGCUGUGUAUUUUAAUCCUGUAUCCUCUCACUCAGCUGAGAAGGACACCAUGGCGACUGUGCUGUACACAGUGGUGACCCCCAUGCUAAACCCUUUCAUCUACAGCCUGAGGAACAGAGACCUGAAAGGGGCUCUAAGAAAAGUGGUCAGAAGAAAUACAUCCUCUUACUGAUGAAGGUACCAUGGACCUGUCAUUCCCAGGCAAAGAAACACUUGCCAACUCACUGAAAUGUAGUGAUCUGUUUAUCAGUUUCUUUGAGGAAUUUAGAAUUACUACGAUCACUAUGUACUUAUCCAUGAAUUUUGGUUUAACUACGACCCCAAUAUGUGAUGACAUUUGUUUAUAAUUCCUGCAUUUUAAAUACUUUUAUGGAAAAGUCAAGUUUUUUUCUUUGAGCACUUUGAAAGCCUACCUGUCACCAAUAUUUUGCACUUUCCCUUUAAUAAAUGCUCUCAGAAGGGAUGGCAUUGGUUUUCGAUCCUGGUUGCCUGUUAGUAUCACCUGGGGACAUUUGAAACUUUCUAUAUGGAUGCUUGGCCAAACUUCAGUCUGUUAAGCCAGAAUCUCUGUGUGGCAUUUGGGCAUUGCUAUUUUUCCCAUUAAGUUCCUCGGGGUUCUAAUGUGCUUGCUGAGCUGAUCAUCCCAUUCUUUGGAUGUCUGUAUGGCUCAUGAUGAAAAGUGAGCCUAGAAACACUCAAGGAAUCUGAGGCCUGAUGUGAAAUAAACCAGUGAGGAUGAAAAAUAGAAUCACUGGCAGCUCUCUGUGGGCCAAAGUCUUGUGCUGAGAAGGUUGGACCUUUGGCCAGAAUUCACAUUCCCGAGCCUCACACAGAAUGCUGAGAACACUCAUAAUUUUUAAUGUCUCAUCAUCCAAUUUGUCUCUCUUGCCUUAGGGUGGUAUAUUUAUCAUAAGAUAUGCCUUUAAUUUUGAAGGAAAAGAUCAAUAUUUACAAUUCUGUCUGUCAAGGAUGCCUUGCCUUUCUCUGCCUGGGGAGCAAACCCUCCCUGGAUCACUAUCUUUGAAGCCUUUGCUGAUUCUUAUGCAAGAAUGCUUUUUUUUCUUUUGUACCAGGGAUUGAACUCGGGACCUUUUGCUUGUGAGGCAGGCGACAGAACCACGAAGCUAAAUCUCUGGCCUUUGCUGAUUCUUAUAAACUGAGAUUUCCAGUCCCCCUCUUGGGUUCCCCAAGAAAAUUCCCCCUUGAGUCAGUAUACAUAUGAAACUGUCUAGUCUAAUUGUUUCCUCCUAUCAUGACCCUCCUAUCUGUGCCAACUCCUGCUUCAUCUGCAGAUGUGAGAUGCUCAGGAUUCUUACACAGGUAUUGUAUAUCUUGAGUGCCCUGUGGAAAGCUUGGCUCCCAACAAAUUACCCCUGAAACCUACUUUAAGUGAAUAAGUAAGUGCCUGAACAGUCUUUCAAUUUGACACACUUAAUUGGGUAAGAGGCUUUAAAAUUUUUGUUUUGUGAAUCACAGUAGGAUAAUUGUAAGUAGCACAUUGUAAAAAAUUUCACAAAAUAUAAGGAAGAAAAUUAAAGUAUCAUGUGAAAUGACUGCUAAAUAUAUGAAAAUAAUUUUAACCAAAGUUGACUCUGUCUUUACAAUUUUGCAUUACGAUUUUUCCAGUUACCAUUUUCCAUAUUUUAAAACACCUCAUAACGUGUUGUUUAUGGUCAUCUGACAUUUCAUAGUAUGGAUUAUAUAGAUUAGGACUUCUUUGGUCAAUGGAUUCAACUUCCCACAGUUGAACAGAUUCAACUUCCCACAAGUGUAAACUACAGAGUAGCAGACAUCAGGCUCAGCGAACUCCAGAUCCAGUAGCAUUUCCGUAGAUAAUCAGUGGGAGUGCUUCAAUAGCAGGGGUGAUCACUGGGUCAUAGUCUAGUUAUUUCCACCCUGUGGCACUGACCUUUUUUAUCAUGGAGUCCUAUGUUUCCUGCUUGUUGAAAGAGAACCCCACAACUCACUUGUCCAAUGGAGUCAGCCAUGUCCGAGGCUUGUGAGCGUCAUAUAUUCACUUGUGGGCUGUGCACAUGGUAUAUUUGUCCUUUUAGUCUUUUCUCUGCUUUGAUUGUAAAUGUUCAAUAAGAAAGUCACUACAUGGGGUUCCUUCAUUUUGGUUUUCCCAGGCAUAUUCCUCCUGCCUUUUCUCUCCAGUGUUGUCUGAGCUGUAUGACUUGAGAAGUUGGUCUUGUGCUCAGUGUCAGGGGCUUCUUUCAGUAACUUUUCUGCUGUAUCUACUCAUGUUAAAAGGAAAAAUUGGAUUCAGGGUUCUCUCUUGGAAAGAAGAGUAGGUUUUUAACUCCUUUUUAUUUUUUUUAACUUUGGUGCUAAGAACAGACCUGCAGCAUUCCAGCGAGUUGACUCCUUCUCCUUCCCCUUCUGAGAGCCUCAGGCACAGCCAGCUGCACUGGUGAAGGAAGCUGACUUUCAGACAGCCACCAGGACCAGACCCUCUCUGGGUGUCUUGCUCCCUCUCUUGCCAUGCAAGCUCUUCUGCACAUGCUGCUCACCAUUCUUGCACACACUGUCUCCAUGCUGCCAUCCACCAUGUUGUGACACAGCCAGGGUUCUUCACUAGAUGGCAGCACCAUGCUUUUUGAACAUUCCAGCUGCUGGAAUUGUGAGCA